CAAAGCGGGGACCACGCCAGCCUUGUCCCAGGCAGACAAGGAGAAGCCUCCUAUCCCCGUCUCGUCCCUCCACUUAGCUCGUCACAUACCAGCCCAGCUCACACACUGCACUGGAGUCUGUCGCUCGAUGCCACCGCGGCUCCCCUCGUGGAUUCGCCCUUUAAGUAAACAUUUACUGGCCAGAACCAUCGUCCCGGAAGCUGACCUGGCUAAUGGCCAUGGCGACCCUCUCCCAACACGACUGCACCUGGUGAACAGCAGUGGAGACACUAUUCACAAAUGCAGGCAGAGGUGUACCUCUGCCCUGCUGUCGGAACCGGUCCAUCUCCAAAUGAGCCGUCGCACGCUACGAUCAGGCAGCUGGUCCCUCUUUUCCACACUCGCCUUCACGCGUUCCUCUUCAUAUGUGGGGCCUCUCUCCAUUAGUGCUCAGCCAGCUCACUUUUAAUAGGUCCUUUAAAGAGCUGAUAGGCCACCUCGGGACACACCCAUGCCUCAGCAAGUGAUCGCUAUCAGCCAAUUUGCCUAGCCAGUCCACAGUGGAUUAAAACAAUGUCAUAUAAAAACAUGGAACACAAACAGAAUAAAUCAUGCAAAUAAAAACUACACUCAUAAAUAAACACUAAAAUCAGAAUAAAACCAAUUAUAAAAGGCAAAUACAAAUUCCCACUCUGUGACAUAAGGGCUAUUGGACCAAGAAGGAGAGUGAUGGAGUGCUGCACCAGAUGACCUGGCCUCCUCAGUCAACUGACUUAAACCCAAUUGAGAUGGUUUGGGGUGAGAUGGACCGCAGAGGGAAGGCAAAAGUGCCACCAAGUGCUCAGCAUCUCUGGGAACUCCUUCAAGACUGUUGGAAAACCAUCUCAGGUUUUAAUUGUGGUCUUCUUUGUUGGCAUUCUCCUGUGCCAUACUAACCUUUGUUUCCUCUUUCACUGCAUUCUCUUUUCUUCUUGCCUGGCAGUUCCAACUUUAACAUCCUAUUUCCAAACCAACUCAAACAUACUUCUGUAGAAUAAAAUUAAGACUUUAUUGUGGUAUUUUGCUUUCUUUGUAUAAAUGUUUAACAGCAGAGAGAAAGCAGAAGAAAUGAGAGGAUGAAACAAGAUAAUUACAAAUACAGAGCUUUAGUGCCGUUUUAAAAUGUAAAACUAUAGUUUUUAGAUUUAGAUAACUGUAUUUAUCCCCACAGGGUAGUUGAGAGUGCAGAGUGGCAUAUACAGUUAAAAAGAAUAAGUGCAAGGCAGAUAAAUAAAUAAAACAUGUUGGUGAAGUUGCUCCUUCUUUUAUGAAGUGUCUUGCCAGCAGGGGGAACUAGAAGUUGGAAAGUUCUGGUUUAAAAAUGGCUCUUCUCCCCAUCUGACGUGCAUUUUCCAUUCUGUGCUCCUGCUGUGCACACUGUGAGCUGACUGAUAAUCUGCUGUUUGGACAGUGAACAUAAAAAGUCCACAGACUGUUGACCUAAGCGAAUGCUACUCACGCAAACAUCUGCCAACCUUUAGAGACUGCAAACACGAAGAUUCAUACCUUGAUUAAUUCAGAGUCAGCUGACUUACAACAUUUAUCCUGCUUCACAGUGAAGUCACUGCUGACUCCUCUCCAGCCAGCUCUUAUGUGAUGGAUUUGGGAAGUAGGGUGGCUCAGAGAGAGAGAGAGAAAAGAGAGAGAGAGCUAGACAAGGAGGGAGGGGGAGAGAGAGAGACUUUUGCACAGCUUGCCUACCUUGUUACUCCUGUGCCAGCUCCAGCAUGCAUGUCUGCCUAUCUGUUGAUUUGUGAAUUUGUGUCUGAAUGCACAUCACACUUUGAUCUCUCAUCUAGCAGCUCAUCGAGAGGACACAGCGAUCCGCAACAUGUAAUACUGUGUUAAGUACUAAUGUAACAAAUUCAAGGUGUAGAGCGACUGUUAGAGGCUCAUUAAGAGCCAGCCUUCAUUCUGGAGGGAAAGGCCCCACUCGAGCCCACCAGGGGGGAUGGAGGAGGCAGAGAGACCCUCAUCCCUGCUUCUGCUGCACUGCUGACUCAGGCAGAAACUCCUGCACGCUGGCAGAGUGAGAGCCUGCUGGCAGAGUCCUGGUCCACAAUGGGCGAUGUAGACCCCGAGGACACCAAGAGCCUCGACAGCAGUGACGGGGCACUUCUGACAGGGGAGGAGAACCACUCCUCCAACUCUGACAUGGUCCACCUGGAGCGGGACGAGGCUGAGAUGCUUGAGGAGGCAGAGAAGAAAGGGAAGCGAGCAGAGGAAGAGGAGGAAGAAGAUGAGGAGAUGCAAACAAGUAUGUUAAGUGUGUUGGGUGGGGAGAGGGAGCUGGUGGCACUCAGGGAAGAGGAGCAGGACCUCCAGGCCCCAGAAACUCAGGAGCUCCUGGUGUCAGCAGAGGAGCCUUAUAUGGAGCGUGAGCCAGGAGAGUUCAGGCACGUGGUUCCCCCGAUGGCCCUGCCUCCUCUGCCUAUUGUUAAGCUCGACCCCCCCUCCACAACAUCCACCCCAGUCCCUUCAACCACAACAUCUGAAGUAGAGGAGCUGUAUUCCAUUCAGGGCCUCCACCCUCCUUCUAUUCUAGCACCGAUUGCACCGGAGCCUCCAGCAGCAAGUGUCGAGCAACAACAGUUUUCACAGAUCCCCCUCACAGACGUGGAUAAACAUUCAGUUAAGAAGCCUGCAGAGAAGCUGCAGCCACAGCCAACUGCUCCCAAGACCAAACCUCUGAGCUCCACCGAGCUGCUUUAUGGAGGCGCUGCAUUAGUAGCAGUUGUGGGAGUGGUGGCAUAUAGUGCAGUGGUGUACUGCAGAAAGUAGAAAACCUCUCUCUUAAUCCCCCAAACCACCUUUCAGCACAUUUUUUCUCUUGUUUUUAAAUCUAUUCCAAACUAAAUAUUCCACCACAUCACUAUCCAAAUAAUGGAUUUUACUCUCUAACGUUGUUUCUAAUUAGACACACUGAUCUGAUGUUUUUUAAUUCGUUUUGUGCUACCUCAGCUCACAGCAGAGCUUGUGGCCUUUGUUUUUCUGUUUGAUCUCUGAGGAAAUGUAUCCAAUAAAAUGUAACCUGAAAUACACAAAUCACUUUAAGUGCAAUUUUAAACUUCCCCAUACUUGAAGGGUUUCUUUGUGCGUGUGU